AUGGGUAUCAGUCUCAUCGAUAAGCUUCAAGCUAAACUCGAGCUCUACCGUCUAGAGCAGCGAUACGGCCGCCGCAAGCACCGCAGCACCUUCUCAACAGGCGCUCAGUACGUCGACGGAGAAUAUGUCUACAAUACAGGCACAGGAAGCAACUCGCCAACAAGCACAAUCUCCAAACAAUCAACUGGAAGCUGGCGCCCAUCGGGAAUGGGAUCUGGCGAAUCACGCUGGCGAUCUUGA